CAUUUCCCUUCUCGGUUCCAUUCGCAGGCGUCAGCAAGGCCCAGCCCAAGUAGGAUUCCAUGACCCAUUUCCGCCGCGAAGCUUCCAGAGCCUCCACCACGGUACUGCGCCGCCGACGCCGGCCUCCUCUCCGGCGAUCUCUGCUGCCCUAGCCCCGUCCACUCACUGGUCGCGCUCCCGCCUGCAACCAGUCGCCGGAUUUACUGGCCGUGGAGAUGGCCACGCCACUCAUAGCUGGGCUCGCGGUCGCAGCAGCUGCUCUAGCUGGCAGAUAUAGCAUCCAGGCUUGGCAAGCUUACAAGGCAAGGCCUAUAGUUCCAAGAAUGCGUAAAUUCUAUGAAGGUGGCUUUCAAGCUACAAUGACCCGGAGGGAAGCUGGCCUCAUCCUUGGUGUCAGAGAAAACGUCCAUCCUGAUAAAAUAAAAGAGGCACAUAAGAGGGUCAUGGUUGCCAAUCAUCCGGAUGCGGGGGGAAGCCAUUACCUUGCUUCGAAGAUCAACGAGGCAAAAGAUGUUUUGCUUGGGAAAACAAAAGGAGGUGGUUCAGCCUUUUGAUUGUAUAAAGCAAAAUGUGCUCUUCCAAUGAAGAUAAUGUUUUGUACUUCCGGACUCAGCAGUUGGAAGGCAGACAAAAACAUUGAUGGGUUACUACAAUCUCUGGACAACGAACAUUGGACCAUCUUCGGCACAGCUGGUCCUUUUACUAUUUGACACUUGAAGACCCGGUUAUGCUGGUUCUGGAAUAACCUAUAUACAUGAAGUUGCCCUGUGUUGAGUUGCACAUGAUAUUUGUCCAUCUGUCUAUUCUAUUGUGAUAGCUAUACAGCCACAUGGUUCUUCUAGCUUGCAAUAAUCAUGUCAUAUAGUCA